CGGCAGCGGUGGCGGUUGCCAGGAUCCCGCGUUGCCGCCUGAGACCCGUAAUAUGGCGGGGAGGAGAAGGAGAAGGAGGCGGCGGACCGAGCUGCUCUCUGUCAGUACAAAUUGAGCUGUUUGCUUCCUGACAAGGCCCGUGGCGAAGGAGAAAAAGCCUGACCGGGCCGUGGGAGAUCAGUGCCUACUGUGUGCUGACGCUGUUCUGUGUAAUGGGGAUUCAGUGGUGAGCAAGACUGAAAAGGUACCUGUGCUUAUGGAGCUUACGUUUUGGUGGAGGAAGACAGACAAAACCCAAGGAAAUAAACAAGAUAAUUUCAGAUAGUGUAUAAUUUUGGGAAGAUGGAGGAGUAUGAGAAGUUCUGUGAGGAUAGUCUUGCCAGAAUCCAAGAGGCAUCACUAUCCACAGAGAGCUUUCUGCCUGUCCAGUCUGAAAGCAUCUCACUUAUUCGCUUCCAUGGAGUGGCUGUGCUUUCUCCACUGCUUAACAUUGAGAAAAGAAAGGAAAUGCAACAAGAAAAGCAGAAAGCACUUGAUGUAGAAACAAGAAAACAUGCUAAUAGGAAGAAAGCUCUAUUGACUCGGGUCCAAGAGAUUCUUGAAAAUGUUCAGGUUAGAAAAGCACCGAAUCCCAGUGAUUUUGAUCCAUGGGAGACUGAAACAGUUUAUUCUGAUUCAGAAGUCAGAAACUUGAAUGUCCCUUCCACAUUUCCAAAUAUCUUGCCAAGCCCUACUGAACACUCUACUUUAGGAAAGCUUGAAAAGACAACUGGAAUUUUGCCAUUGAAUCAUGAGGACCAAUUUAAAGCUAAUGGGACAGAUUCAGCUAGGGACUCAGAAUUUCAUUCUCUGAAGCACUGUGAUAGUUCAGAUGUUGUUACCCCCGUGGAAAAGGAAGCUUCCGCGAAGAUCCCCUCAGCAGCCCCUCAGGAAACUCUUCUGUCCGAUGGCCUCUUCCCAUCCAGUGAAGAACUGGACCCAACACUUUUGGAGGAAGUUACUCCAGAUCCCUACAUAAUGAGUCUUCAGAACCUGAUGAAAAAGUCAAAGGAGUACAUAGAAAGAGAGCAAUCUAGACGCAGUCCGAGAACUAGUGCGAAGAGGAGUGUUCACGAGAGUCACUCAGAUAAGGAAAACGAGGCUGUGAAAGUGACCGACUAUGGGAAGGAGAAGGCGCAGUGGCCUGGCAGACCCUGUGCUGCAGUGAUUCCGGACAAACCAAGCCUUAAUAAAUCAAAUGUUCUUCUCCAAGGUGCUUCCACUCAAGCAAGCAGCACGAAUGAGUCCGUGUUAGGUAGCUUUUCGAAAGUGGACAUACCUGUACGAACUGGCCAUCGCACUGUUGUAGACCCUGAAUCUGAUUUUAAAGUCAUUCCCACUUUUGUUCCCGAGAAUAACAUUAUCAAAAGUCUUACUGGUUCAUAUGCCAAAUUACCUAGUCCAGAGCCAAGCCUGAGUCCUAAAAUGCAUCGAAGGCAUUCGAGGCCAUCAUCAGCAUGUCAUAUCCUUAUAAAUAACCCGAUAAAUGCCUGUGAGUUAAGUCCUAAAGGAAAAGAGCAGACAGUAGACUUAGUUGUUCAAGAUACUGAUGAAAAAACAAACAUACCUGAAACUGUGCCAAAGUUACCCGUUGAUUUAGUAGGAGUUUGUCCAAGCAAGGUUUAUGUCACCAAAAAUACAUCUGAAGCCAUACAGGAAGUGGUUGUAGGUAAAUCAAAUCAGGUAUGCCAGUCUUCAGGAAAUCAGUUAGAAAACAAGGUCAUUCCUGGACUUGCCAUCAUGGAAGGUCAGUUAACGUCCGAUGGGAGAGGACCGCCCAAGCUGGACAGUACGUGUCCUACAAUGCCAAGAUUGCAUGAGCCAUAUGCCACCAGUCAGUGUAUAGUGAGUCAAAACUUUGGAACCGUGAGCGCCCUCAAGUCAGCCAACGCGCUGGAGAAAAACACCUGCAAUUUACAAAUGGAACUGAAUAAAUCUUACGAUGUAAAAAACCCAUCUCCUUUACUGAUGCAAAACCAGAAUGCCAGACAGCAGAUGGACACCCCUACAGUGGCCUGUGGCAAUGAACUGUUUUUGGAUAACAGUUUUGAGAAAGUUAAACGGAGACUUGAUUUAGAUAUUGAUAGUUUGCAAAAAGAAAACUGCCCUUACGUCUUAGCGACUGGAAUAGCUGAACAGGAAAGGCAGCAUUUCCCAGAAAAAAGAUACCCCAAGGGAUCUGUCUAUAUGAACAAGAAUAAAAUGUUAGAAAGUAGUUUCAAAGAAGGCGAGGAGAUAUUAAAAAGCAAGAUGUUAGCUUUUGAAGAAAUGCGGAAGAGGCUAGAGGAACAGCAUGCCCAGCAGUUAUCCCUACUCAUCGCGGAGCAGGAAAGGGAGCAGGAGAGAUUGCAGAAGGAAAUAGAAGAACAGGAAAAAAUGUUAAAAGAGAAGAAGGUGAUUGCAGCUGAAGCAUCAGAAUCGGGCAGCAACAACGCGGCGGACUUAGAAUGGAGAAAAAUAAAUGAGUCUGGUUUGCUGGAAACGAUGCUGUCUCAGGUGGACUCGCUCCGUCCUUCAAACUCAAAUAGCUCCGGUUUCACAAGUUCUGCCCUGCAGCACAGCUUUGCUUCUGCAAACGAAGCACCCUUCUACCUCUGGGGCUCAUCAACUAGUGGCUUGACCAAGCUCUCAGUAACAAGGCCUUUUGGAAGGGCCAAACCUAAAUGGUCUCAGGUUUUCAGUCCGGAAUUACAAACAAAGUUUAAUAAGGUAACUGCAGUGGCAAAAGGAUUUCUUACUCGAAGGCUUAUGCAGACAGAUAAGCUGAAACAACUUCGCCAAACUGUAAAAGACACUAUGGAAUUCAUAAGGAGUUUUCAGUCAGAAGCACCAUUGAAGAGAGGAGUUGUUUCAGCACAAGAUGCUUCUCUUCAGGAAAGAGUGUUAGCUCAGUUGCGAGCCGCCCUCUAUGGUGUUCAUGACAUAUUCUUUGUAAUGGAUGCCGCUGAAAGAAUGUCUAUUCUCCAUCACGAUCGAGAAGUUCGCAAAGAGAAAAUGCUCAGGCAAAUGGACAAAAUGAAAAGUCCACGAGUGGCCCUGUCGGCUGCAACACAGAAGUCUCUCGAUAGGAGGAAGUACAUGAAAGCUGCUGAAAUGGGAAUGCCAAAUAAGAAAUUUCUGGUUAAGCAGAAUCCUUCUGAAACAAGCAGAGUCCUUCAGCCAAACCAAGGGCAGAAUGCACCCGUUCACAGGCUCCUCAGUAGACAAGGAACCCCUAAGACUUCAGUGAAGGGGGUUGUGCAAAAUAGACAGAAGUCUUCACAGAGCAGAGUGCCUAACAGAGCGCCUGUUUCAGGAGUAUAUGCAGGAAAAAUCCAAAGAAAGCGGCCAAAUGUUGCGACAAUUUAAGAAGACAGCAUUCUUUAGGAUGA